CGUUGUUUGGCCGUGGGGAGUCUCUGUUAAAUCCGUUCUAAACAUGGUUCCACCUCCAAAAAAAGAUGCUUUCGCAGACUUGUUUCAGCUGGCUACUUCUUCAACAUCUACAAAGACGAACAGCUUGUCCAUGCUGGAACGCCAGAAAGACCUCCAAAAAUCACAAUCUCUUCAGAAGCAACAGCUGUCUAGUUCCGGGUUGCUUUCUACGUGGUCAAACAUCGACGUCCUCUCCGGAAACUCUUCUAGAACGUCGUCUCCAGCCCAGAUCAAUCCCAACUCCUUCAACACAUAUCUGGUCUUGACCCCAUCGCAGAGUUCAAUUCCGGCUUCGGGUGGUUCGUCUACAGCUUCUUUGCCUCGGAAUAAUGUCGUGGAUGAUCCAUUUGAUAUCUUUGGCGAACCAGCAGUUUCCUCUACCAAGCCAGUAGAAUCACACUCCAAUGGCUCAUCUAAUAGAAGUAACGAAAUUUCGUUGCUAGAAGGGGAUUUUGAAGAUGCUUUCGUAAAAAAACAGCCCAUUGUGGAACCUCAGCCACAGCAUACUGUUGCCCAGCCUAAAUUGCCUACAAGGCAAGAUCUGACUCCAUCUCCAGUCAUGGCUUCUAGACAGCAUACUCUAGACAAUAAACAGCGCCAAUCCCCAGUAGAUCGGACAGAUUCUGUGUUGGCACAAUUGGUAGAUAUCGGUUUCCAGAUAGAUGAUGCUACUGAAGCACUCGAAAAGCAAGGGGCAGACUUACAGUCGUGUGUAAACUACAUUAUCAGCAAGAAUUCCGCUGUCAACAGCAGAGGUUCGACACCGAGAAACAGCAGUAGAAAUGUAGCGUCCAAAGGUCUUGAAGAACUUUCGCUGGACUUCCUCAGAUCGGCUGGUUAUCUAUUUAACAAGUCCAGGCAGACAGUUUUGAAGAACUUGGAACAACUCAAUCUUUCUGGUUCCAAUUCGCUGUCGCCUGGCGUUCCUGAAUGGAUGAAGAACCAGCAGAAGUAUAAAGACGAGGCCACAGAAAAGAAGUUUGGAAAUGGGGAGUUGGAUUACGGUUCCGAUUCAGAAAACAUCAACUAUGACGAAAUCGAAACCUUCAUGAAAUCCCAAAAGGAAAAGGACAGGGAAAGAGUCAAGGAAAGAUUCGAGAACAUCAAGACAAAGGCACUUAAAAAAUCUAAACAACAAAGACAGAAACCGCAACCAAGAGGUUCCAACUCCUCUCAAGAUCCUGACUUAUUAAAUGGUGUUGAUACAGGUGUAGUUCCUCGUAGAGCACCUAAGGCUAGUGUUAUUCCACCAGUUCCACCAAGAGCACAGAAACCGGAACCAAAGUCCAACGAGGUAGACUUGUUGGGUCUUUCUAGUUCUGACGAGAGCAAAGCAGUUUCUCUGUUGCGUAGUUCAGUUCCCUUAAACCAAUUCGAGCUGGUAGACUACAUUACUUCCAAGACUACUGCUCAGAAUGCCUUCAAAUCUGGAGACUAUGGCACUGCGCUUGAUUCAUAUUUGACUUGCAUGAACAAAUUACCACCUAAGCAUGAGUUAAGAGUCAUCAUAUUGUCUAACUUGGGUGUAGUGUAUAAGUUGGUUGGCCAAUUGAGACAAAGUCUAGAGAGUAUUGAAAGUGCUCUUGAGCUCAUUUCCGUAAAGGAAGAAGUGCAGAAUGUAGCAUUUAUGAUAGACUCCAAGCCAGUUAAAUACUGGUACACCAAACUCAUCAUCACUAAGGCUGAAGUGUUGGAGUUGAUGGAGAAGUAUGAGCUCAGUUUGCAACACUACCAGAUCUUGAUUAAAGACUUGGGAGUAUUGGACAAGAAAAUAAUGGAUGGCAAACGUAGAGUGGAUAAGAUCGUGAAUCCGGAUAACCACAAGGCCAAACCGGCUACUCCUUCUACGACGCCAAAGCCGAGACCAGUGCCAGCUUCUAGGCCUGCCUCUGCAGCUCCAGUGGUGUCUAAACCUGAAGGUUCAGACGUGGAUCCUCUUGUAAAGGACAAAAUCGAUAUCAUGAUCCAGAACUGGGCCCAAUCCAGAAACAACCAGUUGAGGGGAUUGUUGACCAACUUGGGGGAGAUCAUUCCUUCCAACAUUAGCAUGAAGCCAGCAUUACGGUCAUUGACUACCAAUGAGUUGAUGUUGCCUAAACAGGUUAAGGUCCAGUACUUGAAGGUCAUCAGUUCCAUCCAUCCUGACAAAUUAGCCUCACAGUGUAAAGACAAUAAGCAGUCAGAGUUGGUGUGCAAUGGUGUGUUUAUCAUCUUGAACAAAGCCUGGGAUUCAUUCAAAGAGGAGAACAAGAUGUAGCAUGAGACAUCUAUAGUAUCGAAAGCAUUAUAUCUCAAAAGUAUCUCAAGAAUUGAAUGGUUAGAAAGUUUUCUUAUUUAUUAUUCAAUUGAUUAUUAAAUAUUAUGAUCAUUG